AUGUCGAACGAGAUGGAAGUCGACCCUCCUGUCGCCCACGACGAUGCUCCCGAGCAAUCUGACCGCAGCUUCGAGCCCCGGACCCAAGGAAACGCGGUCGCUGUGCGCAGUAUCGAAGGAUGGAUCAUCAUCGCGUCUAAUAUCCACGAGGAAUCAUCAGAGGAGGAUGUUACCGAGCUCUUUGCGGAAUACGGAGAGAUCAAAAACUUCAGUCUGAACCUUGAUCGUCGAACGGGUUAUGUCAAGGGCUACGCCUUGAUUGAAUACUCAACUCUCCCCGAAGCCAGCGAAGCCAUCGCGAACCUUAACGGCCACAAGCUCCUCGACCAGACCCUUCAUGUUGACUAUGCUUUCGUCCGCCCGCCUCCAUCUGGCAAGGGCAAGAAUGCAGCUCCAAAGGGCCGGGCUGGCCGGAAUCGCAGCCGAAGCCCCAACCGGAGUCGCAGCCCUGAAGCUGGCGGUGACCGCGAAUAA